AUGCUGUGCAAUGAAAAUCUGGCCGAUAGUGCUGGGAAGUCACCGUGGAUCGAGCCAUUUGCGACCCUUAAUUGGCCCUACUUAGCCCUGCACGAAGCAACUACUGAUAGCUCUAGUAAUGAGGACACAUCCCAGGAAACAACAUCUUCUCCCGAUGGAAUCCCGGCACAAGGACUGGAGACAGUGUUGGAGCAGUUAGAGCAGAUGAGUAGCAAGCUGUUGGAACUUCAAUUCGAGCUGACGAAGCAACGCGAAGAGGGGGAACAUAAUCAGGCCUUCAACAUAAAGAUGUUUACCGAUUUUGCGAAGGAUGUUAGCCGCAACAUGAGUCUGCUCCAGGAUCAAUCCCGCUUGAUUCUAGCGCAGGAAUGCAAGGACGAAGGAAAAGGAUUGAUUCAACCACAGGAAGCGUCACCAACAACAGCAACGGAAUCUACAACGCUACCGGAAGCAACAACAACUAUUACUACUACAACAACCAUAACAACGCCGAAGCCUGCGAUACAUUCUUACCCAUCGUGCAAAAGCGUUCCAUCAAAGGAGUCGGGAGUGUAUUUUAUCAGAGUGAACAACGAUAGUGCCCCGUUCCCCGUUUAUUGCCAGCUAGAUAAGUUUGAAGGCGGUUGGAUUGUAGUUCAAAAUCGCUUCGAUGGCUCGGUUGAUUUUUAUCGGAAUUGGGAUGAAUACCGAGAUGGGUUUGGUGAGGUAGACAAAGAGUUUUGGCUCGGACUGGAGCGCAUCCACCAACUGACGUCAGCCCGUAAGCACGAAUUAGUGAUCGAGAUCAAGGAUUUUAGAGGCAACUACGGGUACGCACGUUACAGUGUGUUUAAGAUAGGCAGCGAGAAGGAACAAUACAUGCUUAAAAGCCUGGGAUUGUAUAAGGGCACUGCAGGUGAUGCAUUGGGGAUUAGCAGGGUGAAGAUGUUCUCAACCAAGGAUCGGGAUAAUGAUGGAAGUCCCGAUCGUGAUUGGGCUGCUCAUCACGAAGGCGCCUGGUGGUACGGUUUUAAUGGCAGCAGCUCAAAUCUCAACGGACGGCAUCUGAAUGCGGUCGACCAGAAAUCAAUUUGGUGGAAUUAUUACAAAAACUUCUACCUAGGACAACGCUUCACCAGGAUGAUGAUCCGAGAAUUGCCAGAAUGA